AUGUCCCAGUUGUCUGGGCAUAGCAGACAAAACUCACAUAGUUCGACGCCCAACUCAUCGCCUCCCCACGACGGCCCCAACCCGCUGCGUGCGCCGAACCCACACCGCAACUCGACACCUAUACAGCCCUCGUCCCCGAUCCACCCCUCGUCGCCCGUAGACACGCCCGCGACAAGCAACCCCCGGGGCAGGAAUCGCAGUAACUCUGGCCGCCCCUUGUCCAUGGUACAGACCUUCCAGCCGCCCCUCAUGGACGUCGGCGACGAUACGCCCCCGGAGCUGCAGCCCAUCUUCACCUUCCUGAACAGCCAUUCCAACAAGCUAUACCAGGAGGGCUACUUCCUGAAGCUUGACGAUCAGAACACACAUGGGCGGCCCAACCCAGACCGAACAUGGACGGAAUGCUUUGCGCAGCUCGUGGGGACGGUCCUGUCGCUGUGGGACGCCGCAGAACUCGAUGCGGCCGGUGAGGAUGGCGAGGUGCUGCCAAAGUUCAUCAACCUGACAGAUGCCUCGAUAAAAAUGAUCGAAUCAUUACCCACGAGAUCCAAUGGCGAGCAACCACUGCAAAAUAUCCUAAGCAUAUCGACGGCGGGGAGGAAUCGAUACCUGCUUCAUUUCAACUCGCACCAUUCCUUACUGCAAUGGACAGCAGGCAUCCGGUUGGCCAUGUUCGAGCAUUCGACCUUGCAAGAAGCGUACACGGGCGCAUUGAUUGCCGGUAAGGGCAAGCACGUGAACAACAUCAACCUCAUUAUGGAGAGGGCAAGAUUCAAGACAGAGGCAUGGGUGCGCGUGCGGUUUGGUGCUGGAGUCCCGUGGCGACGCUGUUGGUGUGUCAUAUCACCGCCGGACGAGAAGGAGUUCCAGCGGCACAUGAAGGAGAUGAAGAAGAGGUCACCGUACGACCAUUCGAAACCACCCGUGCUCAAAGGCGACGUCAAGUUCUACGACACCAAAAAGGACGGAAAGAAACAGAAGAAAACCAAGCCGAUCGCCUCCAUAACGGACGCCUUCUCCUGUUACGCAAUCUACCCCCAGGCCAAGUCCCUAAUCGACGCCUCGACCCUGAUCAAGAUCGAGUGCAACAUCACCAUUCACUCCGAUCCGCCCUCGUCGACCGAAGGUUUCGUCUUCAUCAUGCCUGAAGUGCCCCCAGCCGUCAAUGGGUUCGAGAUGCUGCUCAGAUUCAUGUUCCCGACUUGGGAUACUUUUGGCUUGUACGGCCGCCCUGGGCGUCUGGUGGCGAGUGUCCUGGACUCGAGAUCGCUCAUGUUCGCCAUGCCGAAACACAGAAGAUACGGCUACUUGGAGAUACUCGACGUGACGAAUCUGAUUCUCACCGAAGGCAGUGGCUCAUGGUCGGAGCGGGAAUGGAAGAAGAAGCUGAAAGAGCUGACGGGUCAGAGGAUGAACGCCGUGGAUGACACGCCAGCGGCGGCCCGCAGUGACAGCCGCAGGAGCAAGCGCCUCAGUAUCGGCCCUUCUAUGCCAGGUGCUGCGAGGUCUAGAGGCGUGGGUUUUGCGGACGAUGGGCCUUCUGUGCGAACUUCUCGCUCUUUCUCUGCCUCGACCCCUGGCCAGCGCAAUGACUCAGCUCCGCCCGGCGACAGGGCUCGUGCACCCAACUCCAUGGCUGGAGUGACUGGCCAUCAGCGCAACAGCUCAGACACCCAAAUACGGGGCCCAACCAGUCUGGAAGGCUUCGCGCCACAUCUCCAUGACGAACGGCAAGGCCCAACGCCGCCGCGUGGCCACACGCCCGUACGCUUCGCAAAUGACCUUGCUUCGACACCAGAACGUGUCAGUUCGGAGGAUGACCAGCCAGAGAUGGCCCCGCCAGUGCGAGAUCUGGAGGGGCUACACAACAUGAGCACUCCGGAACCUGUUCAGGCACCACCAUCCUUUCAACAUGCGGCUACAGCUCGUCCACAGAGGGCAUAUCAUUCCCCAGAGCUCCGGAGAGCCACGAGCCGUUUGUCGAGCGCGACCCUGCAGCAGUUGGGCGUUGCGCUCCAGACUGGCACAGAUCCUGCACUGAUGGAAGGCGGCGGAGAGAGGUACAGUGAUGAGCAGAGCGCGUCAUCCACGUCUGGGCAAGCAGACCCUCGGGGCUUAGCGGUACAUACCAACGCUUAUGCUAACUCGCACCGGGUGCUCAUGGGGAUGGACAGAGACGGCCGUCUCCCGGACCAGGCCCAGGGCAAGGGCCGGGGCCCGGACCAGGUCACUACCCGCCGAAUCAAGGUGGCAGGGGCCAAUAUCCUCCUGGCCCAGGGCCACCAGGGUCACGCGGGCCUCCGCCUCCGCCUCAUGGUGGCCGAGGCCGUGGAAUGCCACCACCUGGUCGGAUCUCCGCCCAUCCACCGGAAGCCUCUGCCCGCACGGACGGAUAGUCUUCAGUCCAAGGCAGCAUCUUCACGCCAAGGCUCCUCGCGAAGCAACACGGGCGACGUGACGCCUGUUUCCCCGUCGACUAACAGCAGUCUGCGCAACCACAUCCUAGACGAAGCUGCGUUCCAACUGGUCAACUCCCCCGAGGCGCACCCCCGUGAUCAUGACCAGCAGGAUGUCAUGCGGCAAAGGCAGCGUCAGGGAACCAUGAGGAGCGAGGCUAGUAGCAACUACGAUGACACCGCAUCGACGGAUAGCCCUGACUAUGCUAGCACCCGGAAGUCGACUGAGACGCAAGAAUCCAGGGAGAGAUCCCGUGCCGGUGUGUUGAAAACGGUUGGAGACACAGCAGCGUCGGACUCCGGUUCUGGCAGAUCACGGGUCGACAUGCCGGACAUCAACUUUGGCCCUACGCUCAAUCUUGCCCAUGGCGCCGAGCGGACUGUUCCCGGUGGGCCUUGGGUCCCACCCAACCCGCCCGCAGCCCAGCCUCCGAGGUCAUUUUCUCCUGGACCGAGGAAGACACCCAUUCCCACGACACCUAGUGCCAACAUCACCCCUUUCACAGCUGAGAUCAGCCACGCACGUAACGAGUCCGAGGAUACGCUCAAGCGUCGAAGCAUUGCCUGGCAGCCUGGUGUAGCUGUAGGCGGGGGAAGCGGCAGGGACGGAGCUCUCUCUCCUGAGGAGUUUGUAGCGCAACGAGCGGCAGCGGCGACAACCCCACAGUACGCUCACCAGCGCACUCCCUCGGGCAACGCGUUGGCAAACAUGGCGCCUUCUCCGCCAAUGAGGCGCAGCGCAAGUCAGGAUCAUCUCAGCAAACGGCACUCGAGGUCAGGCAGCGCGGAUCUGCUACAGCGCCCUUCCUCCCGAGGGUCAGGUAAUAUCCUGGGGAUGAGCGGCAGCGGAGGAGCCAGCACGACUCUGUCAGCACGCGAGCAAGAGCAUCUAGCCCGGACUACGGGAACGCCAUUGAUCAGCAUGGCUACCAACAGCAGCCCGGCACAGGCCCAGGGGCCAGGUCUCGUGGGAGCAAUUGAUGCGCGUGAGAGAGAAAAGGCUCAGAUGAAGCAGGGCUAUCAAUCUCAGACCGUCCAGAACGCCAUCCACCAGCGCCAGCAGCAGCAACACGCGCAGCAGCAACAGCAGCAGUACGCUCAGCAGCAGCAAUACUCGCAACAGCAGCAGCAAUAUGCCCAGCAGCAGAUGUACGGAGCGGCGUCAAACAUGAGCAUGGGCAACGUGAGCAACAUGGGCAUGAGCCCGAUGAAUGCUCAAGCCCCGUCAAUGUAUGGUGGCGGCAUGGGAAUGCAGAGUAACAUGGGUUACAACGCGGGUGUGGGUCGUGGAGGAUACCCUGGACAGCAACCCGGCCCGCCACGGUCAGCCACUCUGUCUCCUCCCCCUGUUGGGAUAGGCAUGCCUGUGAGCCCCAUCAGCCCACGCUCAAUGAGCCCAGGGCCCCGCUACGCCAUGAGCCCUCCACCUCUGCAGCCAGGUGGUCCUCAGUACGGCCACCCUCAGGGUGGGUACGGGAAUCCUGAAUGGGCUCUCCAGGCCCUGGUCAAGGUCCGAUGA